AUGCGUGCAGAUGUUAUCGACGACUUCACAACCUCUUUAAUCGAUGAUAUGCCGAUCGAAGAACUCUGCUCCUUCUGCAACGUGCAAUGGCACCAAAUGAUGCAAACGUCCCCAUACUCCCGCUACGACAAUAACUACAAAUCGAACCUUGAACACAUCAACAGCGCCUGCAACCUCGCCAUCCCAACAGCCAUCCCGAACCUCACGCUCUUCGAAAACCCACACGUAGAGCGGGACCCGUACUGCGCGACCCAUCUUUCAUACACCACUUCAGCGGGGGACACAUGCAACGGCAUCGCGGCGCAGUUCAAGGUUGCCUCGGCAGCUGUUCGAGCGGUGAAUUGGCCGCCUAUCGACUGUUUCGCUAUUCCCGAGGGUAAGAGGCUGUGUAUCCCAUUUGGGUGUAAGACAUAUACCUUGAAGGAUGGGGAUACGUGCGACUCAAUUGAGCGGGAGUUGGACUUGAAACCGUGGUGGCGACUCUCGGCGAUUCGGGAGUAUAACCCUUGGGUGAAUAGGGAUUGUUCGAAUCUGCAUGAGGUUAGUAACACUCUUUACGGGCGUGUUAUCUGUGUUGGCCCGACGGGUCUGUCGGUCCUGGACGCGUGA